GGGUGCCGCGUGGCGGGCGCGGCUCCGCGGAUCCCCGGCGACCUGCGCGCGUUGCCCCUGCAGCGCCGGUGCCAGCAGUGAGGGCUGUGGGCGGGUCCUCAGACAACAUGAGCGUGGGCUUUAUCGGAGCUGGCCAGCUGGCCUUUGCCUUGGCAAAGGGCUUCACAGCAGCAGGCAUCCUGGCUGCCCACAGGAUCAUGGCCAGCUCCCCAGACAUGGACCUGGCCACGGUUUCUGCCCUCAGGAAGAUGGGAGUGAACCUGACACCCCACAACAAGGAGACCGUGCGGCAUAGUGAUGUGCUCUUCCUGGCGGUGAAACCACACAUCAUCCCCUUUAUCCUGGACGAGAUUGGUGCCGACAUUGAGGACCGGCACAUCGUGGUGUCCUGCGCGGCGGGGGUCACCAUCAGCUCCAUCGAGAAAAAGCUGACGGCGUUCCAGCCAGCCCCCAAAGUCAUCCGCUGCAUGACCAAUACGCCAGUCGUGGUGCGGGAGGGGGCCACCGUGUAUGCCAUGGGCACCCACGCCCAGGUGGAGGACGGCAGGCUCCUGGAGCAGCUCAUGGGUAGCGUGGGCUUCUGCACGGAGACGGAGGAGGACCUGAUCGAUGCUGUCACGGGGCUCAGCGGCAGCGGCCCAGCCUAUGCAUUCACAGCCCUGGAGGCCCUGGCUGACGGGGGUGUGAAGAUGGGGCUUCCCAGGCGCCUGGCAGUCCGCCUCGGGGCCCAGGCUCUGCUGGGGGCCUCCAAGAUGCUACUGGACUCGGAAAAGCACCCAGGCCAGCUCAAGGACAACGUCUGCUCUCCCGGCGGGGCCACCAUCCACGCCUUGCAUGUCCUGGAGAGCGGGGGAUUCCGCUCCCUUCUCAUCAACGCCGUGGAGGCCUCCUGCACCCGCACACGGGAGCUGCAGUCCAUGGCUGACCAGGAGAAGGUCUCCCCGGCCUCCAUCAAGAAGACCGUCCUGGACAAGGUGAAGCUGGAGUCCUCUGCAGGGCCCUCACAGACCCCUUCUGGCCACUCCAAGCUGUUCCCCCAAAGCCUGGCCCCAGCGGGCAAGGAAAACUGAGCUGUCCAACGUGCUCACCAGGCUGCUGUCAGCCACCUCCCUGCUGGCCUUGGAACUCCUGUGCUGGCUGUCCUCAGCCCCAGGCCCCACAGCAGCCUCAGAGCAACCCACUGCCUGUGACUCUGGUCAACUCCGGGGUCAGUGGGGGUUGUAACCAAGGAGGGGCCACAUCCCUUCUGAGUGGGAAUCUGCAGUCACUGAGUGCUUCCUGGCCCAGAACAGAGAUGGACUCUCCGACCUCCACGUCCCUCUUCCUCUGCCCCCAGACCAGGUUAGGACCCCUUCUUCUGGAGUUCAGGAGGCCCGGGGGUCUUAACUCCCCAUGGUCAGCUGGCUUGGGGCUUGGCCUUUUCCUGAGUACAAAGGUCAAGGUUCCCCCCCCACAACCCCACUCCCAUGAAGGCCCAGCCAAGGAGGAAACCCCAUCCCACCCCUGCCCCCUCUCCAAUCUCUACUUGUGUGGGGGGGUGCCUCUUCAGCGUGAGAAGGACCAGAGGGUCCCAAGCAUCCUGAGUCUAGCAGGCAGGACCAUGGCUGCCAACUCCCCCUUAUCUCUGUUUGGCAUCUGAGAAAAGGGCUUCUUGGAAAGUCCCAACUUUGGAGGUCGUUAUUUCCCAUUCCCCACCCAGCUUACAGAGCCUGUCACUUCUCUCCCCCACCCUUUAGCUGAAAUACAUUGGUUUGCAACCUGG